AUGACUACUUCUAAGAAUGUCGUAUUAGUCGACAACUACGAUUCUUUCACUUGGAACGUAUAUGAGUACCUUUGCCAAGAAGGGGCAAAUGUCCAGGUUUUCAGAAAUGAUAAGAUAACAGUUGAAGAAAUAGAGGCUCUUAACCCAGAUGUUAUUGUAAUCUCUCCAGGUCCAGGUCAUCCACGUACAGACUCUGGUAUCUCUAGAGAUACUAUUAAAUUCUUUACUGGUAAGAUUCCAGUGUUUGGGAUCUGUAUGGGUCAACAAUGUAUGAUCGAUGUAUUUGGUGGUGAUGUGACUUAUGCCGGAGAAAUCGUUCAUGGUAAGACUAGUACUAUUACACAUGACAACAAAGGUUUCUUCAAAAAUGUCCCUCAGGAUGUUGCUGUCACAAGAUACCAUUCCCUUGCUGGUAAUGACCCUACUUUACCGGAAUGUCUAGACGUCACUGCCAGAACCGAGAAAGGUGUUAUUAUGGGUGUUAGACAUAAGAAAUAUACUGUUGAAGGUGUUCAAUUCCAUCCAGAAUCUAUCCUUACAGAAGAAGGCCACUUAAUGAUGAAAAAUAUCUUAAAUGUUACAGGUGGUACUUGGGAAGAAAAUGCCAAAAAUCAAACCUUUUCAACUUUAAAAAAAAAUCAAUCUAUUUUAGAUCGUAUAUAUGAACAAAGGAAAACCGAUGUUAAAGAACAACAAAAGAUCCCAGGUUUUACAAUGAGAGAUUUAGAGAGCAAUUUUAAAUUAGGUUUAGCUCCAUCAGUACAAAAUUUCUAUAAAAGGUUACAAGUGCCACAAAACUCAUCAAAGAGAGCUGUAGUAUUAUCUGAAGUGAAACGUGCAUCUCCAUCAAAGGGUAAUAUUUGUAUUGAUGCCAUUGCUGCAGAACAAGCUUUGAAAUAUGCUAAGGCUGGUGCUUCAGCUAUAUCGGUAUUGACUGAACCACAUUGGUUCAAAGGUACUCUACAGGAUUUAAUCAAUGUUAGAAGAGUUUUAGACAAUGAAUUUAAGAGUAACCCUGAGGCUAGACCAUGUGUCUUAAGAAAAGAAUUUAUUUUCAGUAAAUAUCAAAUCCUAGAGGCUAGACUGGCAGGCGCUGAUACAGUACUAUUAAUUGUAAAAAUGUUACAACAAGAUGAAUUGAAAGAAUUAUACGCUUAUAGUGUCAAAGAAAUGGGUAUUGAACCAUUAGUAGAAGUCAAUUCUAAAGAAGAAUUAGAUAGAGCAAUUUCUAUUGGUGCUAAAGUAAUUGGUGUUAACAAUAGAGAUUUGCACUCUUUUAAUGUUGAUUUGAAUACUACAUCUAAACUUGUGGACUCUACUCCAAAGGACACUUUGUUGAUUGCCUUAUCUGGUAUCACCAGUGGUGAAGACUCCGAAAAGUACAAAGAACAAGGUGUACACGGAUUCUUAGUUGGUGAAGCACUAAUGAGAUCAGAAAAUGUUGAAAAGUUCAUCGACGAAUUGACUGCUUAA